GCACCGUGUCGCUUUAACUAGAAGAGAAACUCAAGGAGUUACCAAUGAAGGGACUAUUUACUUAUUUCAGGGAUUAUUGUUACAGUGAAAUGUGAGGAUAAAUGGGAUGUAGGCUAGUGUUCUAUUAAUUGCGCUUUUUCAUUAUCGGGGCUGACAAGUUUCAUUGUUCAAUCGACUCUCGUGCAUCGACAUUUCGUACAUAUCAGAUAGGGUUUUGAGAUUGAAGUGCCAGUUGAUGGAGUAAUUACUGUAUUGUCAACAUUGUUGGAGAUUUAUUCGAGAGGAUCAGGGUGUGAGUUGGCCUGCCAAACAUUUUUUUUUUUCAUCCAGUUGUGGAGAUAUUGAAAAUGACGGAGUGUUCGAGCCGGUGAAUUUUAUUCACCUUUUUACUUUGUGGUUUUACUAUUUUUUUAGUGAUUUUUUUUUGAGAGGAGGGGGGGGGGAGUAACCGUCUAGAUGGAUCUGAGAAUUACAGAAGUGCCUGACAACCCUAGACCUGACGUCCCUAGGUGUUGGGUCAUGUGUUGGUACAGGCAUGUACCUAGUUGCUGGAAUGGUGGCUCGAAGUGUAGCCGGGCCAGGUGUAAUCAUCUCGUUCAUUAUCGCAGCAAUGGCAUCAAUUUUCUCUGGUGCGUGUUACGCUGAAUUUGGUGUUAGAGUACCACAUACAACGGGCAGUGCGUAUAUGUACAGUUACGUGACUGUAGGUGAGUUAAUAGCAUUCAUAAUUGGAUGGAACAUGGUACUUGAGUACCUCAUCGGUACCAGUGCGUGUGCCUGCGCCCUUAGCGCUUGUUUGGACGCCCUUGCCGAUGGGGCCGUUUCCGGUGCGAUAACCAACAGCAUUGGAACAUUUUUUGGCCGUCCACCGGAUUUUCUUGCGUUCGUAAUAACUCUUUUAAUGAUGAUGCUGAUGGCAGCGGGUGUGAAGAAAUCACUGAUAUUCAACAAUGUUCUAAACGCCAUCAAUUUAUCAGUCUGGGUAUUCAUCAUGACUGCUGGAUUGUUCUACGUUGAUUCAACCAAUUGGUCAGAGCACAAGGGAUUUCUUCCCUUCGGUUGGAAUGGGGUGUUUACGGGGGCAGCGACUUGUUUCUAUGCAUUCAUUGGAUUUGACAUAAUAGCGACGACUGGCGAAGAAGCGACAAAUCCAAAGAAGAGUAUCCCAUUAGCAAUUGUUUCCUCUCUUGCUAUUAUUCUCAUUGCCUACGUAUCGAGCAGCAUGGUGCUGACACUAAUUGUUCCUUAUGACGAAGUAGACCAAGACUCAGCCCUCGUAGAAAUGUUCGGCCAAGUUGGAGCAUACAAAUGUAAAUACAUCGUAGCAGUGGGUGCACUUGCCGGAUUGACAGUAUCAAUGUUUGGCAGUAUGUUUCCCAUGCCUAGAAUAGUUUACGCAAUGGCACAGGAUGGUUUAAUAUUCCGUAUGUUCAGCCAAAUUUGGCCAACCACUGGAACACCAGCUCUAGCAACACUGACAUCCGGAUUAGCUGCAGCGUUAGCAGCACUUCUAAUUAAAUUAGAAGUCCUCGUAGAGAUGAUGUCCAUCGGUACUCUGUUGGCCUAUACUCUCGUAUCAACAUGUGUUUUAAUCCUGCGUUAUCAACCUCACUCGACGAAUCUCAUUGAACUUCUGCCCCAGAGUCUACGUACCCCAUGCAGGUCACCCACUAAAGAAACCCAAGGCAAUGGUCAAGCCCCUUAUGGCAAAGAAUUGAGACCUGAUCAGCUUACUAUCGCCCUUAGCACCGUUCAAACGACACAGACUGAGAUAACGACCAACAGUAAUGGCCAGCGCGUUACCGUGAGGCGUGUGAGACGAGCCAAUAGUUCAUCACCCGAUUCAGAUGACACAUACGGUGGUGAGGAAGACGAUGUGGGUUUAGGAAAAGACGAUCAGUACCUAGUUAGCGAUAGAACGGAGAAUAAAUUUUAUGGGAGCGUUCAUGCGGCAGCAGCUUCAUCAACUUGUGGUAGCGCCCAUCAAUACCCGGGUACGACGCCAAUUAUCGGUCCACCACUCAAUUAUCUUCAGCGACGACUUCAGGCUGCGCAGUAUCUCUGUCCUGCCAUUUUCCCAUGGGUUGACAGAGGACCAGCGACUGAGGCAUCUGGUCGUUAUGUUAUGAAAAUGGUGGGAAUCCUGUAUCUACUCAUUCUAAUCUUCGAUUUCAUCAUUGUCUGUGGCAUGGGCGGCAUGGGAACAUUCAUGACUAUCGUCAUGUUUUUAUUUUUAUUCGCUAUUAUUGGAGUCCUUCUCGCCAUUAGUAGAAAGCCUCAGAAUAGGAAUAGCAUUAUGUUCAUGACACCGGGACUCCCCUUUGUGCCGGCGAUAGCAGUGACUGUCAACGUGUACCUCAUAUUUAACUUGAGCAUAUUGACACUGGUCAGAUUUACAGUAUGGAUGAUACUUGGUUUUAUAAUGUAUUUCUACUAUGGUAUCAAGAACAGCAGUCUUGAGACAGAAACAGAGGAUGGUCGAGCAGAUAGCGGCAAUACCGGCAACAUAGAGUUAAAAAUUACAGAGCAUGCAGGUGCCUCACCAUCACAUCACUACGUCAAUCAGGAUCGCAGUAUAUAUGAGGGACAGCAGUUGGAUGCAUUUGGCCAGCCAGUAUUUGGCAAUACUAAUUUCGGUGGUACACCAAUGCAUGGAAGUACCACAGCCCAAACCCAUACUACAAAUACCAAAGCAAAUCCUCUAUUUGUUGCUCAGGAUAGUUUUCCAUCCUGGGAUGAUUGAGUCUACUUAGUUGUGAGGGCUGUACACCAAUGAAAAUGAAACAUUUAUGAAGAUGAAUGAGAACGAAAAAUGACUAAAAUAUGGAAUAAUACUGAAAGGCAUGUAGCGCACGCAGCACGCACGCACGUACAUAAAACGCACGUCACGAAGCAAAAAAAAAAAAUGAAACGAUGAUGAAUAAAUGUGGUCGUCCAUAUAAAAAGGUUUCUUGUGCGCCCUUCUCGUUUUCGAGAUUUAGGCACUUUCGUGAUUUGGGUUGGAAUUGCCAUUUUUCUGAAUUAUUUCAAAUGAAAGUUGAACUUUUCUCACUGCAUGUCGAAAUAGGCCAAUUGAAUCUCAUUAGCCCAACUAGAAGUUAAUCAGUUCGAAUGAAAAAAAAGAAAAGGGCUCUUGUUGAAGAGCGAAUACUCCAUACGAAUUCCGUAUGGAGUUCCUUCUAACAGGGGCUUAUUAUUACUGGAAGGCAAUUUUAUUAUGCCCGGACGAUUUAUGUGGAAAGGGGGUUUGAAUACUGAACAAUGAUUUUCAUCCAUAAAUGACAGCCGAAUAAUUCAUUUACUGUAUUCACCUCUCGUUCGCGAUAUGAAUAAAUCGAUAAGUUCUUCAGUUUUAACGAUUUAUUCGGCCUCAUUGGAUAUUGGCUUACUGACGAUUAUAUUUACCUAUCUAAUAAUUUUAUAAUUCAGUUUUCUGAAUUGCAGUUCAGAAAUUUUUGCAAUUUAAUUUUAAGAAAAGGUUCAUUUCAUUAAUGAGAGUAUCGACGUUUGUUAUGGAAGAAAGUUUCUAUUCAUCUUAAUAUAAAAUGAAACCAAUCGAUUUGGAGCGAGUUUAUAUUGGAAUACUCAAUAACUUCUAACAAGAGCACCAGUAAAUCCAUUGUCUAAUUUUUAAAUGUUUUAAAAACUUUGUUUUUAAAGUUAACAACUUUAAAACUUCAUAACUCCGAAAAUUUUCAACUUAGAGAGUGUUAUUUGGGAUAAAAAUUUUUGAAAUUUCAUGGCCACAUUGCUAACUCCUUAUCGCAAGGGACCUUCCCACGUGGACAGCCACAAAUAAUGAUCGAGGGCAAAUGUCUGCUGGAUGAUUCUGGAGAAUGAAACUAUGAUAACGAAGUUUAAUUAUAAAUAUACGUUCCAUUGAUUUAGGAUAUCAAGUGCAUAUCGAGGCGAUUCAUUAAUUCAUCCGGCGACUUCCAUCCAUUAAAAAAAGUUUAGAAAAACAGAAAUGUUGAAAAAGAUACUAUUAUUGAAGAUGAAUCAAUAUAUAUUGCCAAUUUUUCUUGCAGUGUAAGUUUUCUCAGAGCCGAUAUAGUUAUUGCUGAUUAUUAUAUAUAAAUGAAAAUAAAAACAAAUAUAUAUUUUAUUCUCCUGUCCAUCAGUGAUCGAAUACUCAAUGAUUAUUGACGAGUGUUCAACUGUGUAACAGUGAAGAAUGCGUGAUACCUGGAGUUAGACAUGUUAGAAACAUUUUAAUGAAUCUUGUUCUGCCUAAGUCUAGUCUUUCCCAAAUGAAUUUCAUCUAUUAAAUUUAAAAGAAAAAAACAUAAUCUGAUUGUUAAUCAUCUGUAGUCUUAACCAACGUCUUCACCUCGACCUCGUAUUAUGAAUAUUGCGGGAUUCUCGAAAAACUAAUUAAACAAACUAAUGACUUUCAAUUAAAAUGAGAAAAAUUCUCGCAAUUUUUACCCCCUGCAUUUACUUUAAGCGUGAAACAAACUGACACUAAAUGAAUCAGAUGGUAAAACUUUGAUUUACUGAAUCUCUGUGAAAAUUUUGGCCAUAAUUGUUUCCAUAUUCACGAAUAAUUACGUGUUUAAUAACUGUAAAUUAUCAGUUUAUGACACGCAGAUUAUAUCUGUAUAUGAAUACUGUCGGCAGGCCCGAUAGUAAGCAUUUACUAUUGCAAUUUAUCCCUGAGUUACUCGAAUUACCCAAGAAUGACCCUCGAGCAUGUGCAAAACCAGUUAUUUCAUAAACACGAAGGUAUACCUUUGUAAUGAUUAAUGAUAAAACGAUAUAUUGCAAUCGUUGACGAUUUGCGGUGUCGAAUACGAAAUGAAUAAUGAUUAACACCACUCUGUGUCGUAUGAAUUCUGUACUCCAAAUAUUGAAUAUUGUUGAGCCCCGAUACAACUCGUGACGAAUAUAAAUUUAAAUAUCGCUUACAUAAUUGUAAUCAUCAUUAGCCAGUGGAAUAAUGUGUGAAUGGUCGACGUUUAGGGAGAUGAAACAUGAAACAAAAGUAUCAUUCUGUGAAAGAACAGUGCCUGCACCCCAGACGCUAGUUGAGUAUUAGAUUCUAUCGUUCUUCAGAAGAAAUUUACAACAAAAAUCAAGUGCAACAAUGAAAGAGAAUAAUUUAUUGUUCAUUUAGAGUCAUUAUGAAUUGUAAUACGUUUAAUUUAUAGAAUUGGAGAAUGAUAGCCAUUGUAUUGGUUGGAUUGAUGCAAGAACAUGUGGAGUGAUUGAAAUCAUUGCUUCUUUAGUUAGACUUUCAAAUUUUUAGAUAGGAGGACAAGGGCCUAUUUAAUGUAUUACGCGAGAAUCCAUGGGGUCUUAUCUGAUUGCUGAAUGGAUAAUGGUAGGAUUAAAUGAAGAGAAGCCCAACAACUUGAGGUGCAUAGCAUGGAACAGCAGUAACCAAUGGAGAAUGAAGGAAAUCUCAAAAACAAUCUGUUUUUCAUCCAUUCUUCCAGAAUUGUAUGCGUGCGUGUGUGCUUUACUAUCCACUUGUAAACUCGCAGAAAAUUCGAAUGUUUUCUCGUAAUUAUGAAAAACAAACUUUAAAAAUAUACCAAAAAAAGUCAUGUUUAACCGCCGUAUUUCAAGGCAUAACAAUUUUCACGAGUUACGAAGAACAAAAUAAUUUACGAUCCGCAUGUACUAGCUAUCGACCAUUAUCUUUGGUUUGAACUUUAUCUUGUUAUUUUAGAAUAUUUAUGAGUUUGAGUAACGAAUUGUGUUACAGAACAACUUCGAUUGAUAUAAAAAAGUUAUGAUAAAAAUGAGAGAAAAUUUUUGGAGGGUAGGGGACCGAUAUUGAUUUUAUGGGAUCUGCUAAGUUUGCAGAAAGAUCAUUAAAAAUAUGCAGUUUACCAGCCGCCAUGAUGGGGGAAUGGAAUACAGUUGACAGUCAAUGAUAAUAUAGAAUCGAAAUGGACUGUCAAAUGUUAACGAUGAUGAACUGCGCAUUUUUAAUUAUUCUCACUUCAUGAAUAUUUAAAUUCUGCGCCUGUCGUGGAAUAUUCUACUAAUUGAAUUUAAUUGGGGUUUACAGUGACAGUUUUGAUGUUAUAAUCUAGAAAUCAGAAAAUAAUUAUCAUAGUUAAUUAGUUAAUUAUUAGUUAAUUAUCAUAAAUAUCAUUUUUCAAAUGAUCAUUUGCAAGUGUGUUUAAUUUGUUAAUUUAUUAGUAAAAAUGACUACUAUAUGUAAUGGAAGUGCUCACUUGUCUAGCAUUAUUUUUUUUUAUCGCCAUUGGAGUGGUUUCCGCAAUUAAAAAACCAAAUUUAUCAAUAUUUUACAUCAACAAGAUAAAAUUCAAACGAAGGAUGGCGUUAGAUUGAUAGUGCAUGCGGUUUGUAACAAGAAACAUCUUCCGGUCAUUGUAUGUUAAAUGACAAACUACACAAAUACAAUUCUCUAAACUUUGGAUCUCGGACACACGUAAUUGUGUGUCAGUUAUUAUCGUUACUAUAUGUAUAGUCUGACGUAUAGCGUACCGCAAGAAAUGGCGUAUAAAUAAAAAAAAAGUGAAGAAGUUAAAUUUCGACAGGGGCAAUUAGCUAAUUACCACUCAUUCGACCAUAAUGAUAAAGUGACGUCGAUUUUCACAGAGUUAAAUUACUAGUCGUUGCUCCAGCUGAUCAUGUUUUUCAUUGAAAAUUCAUUCAUUGUGAUUUUUUUUUAAUUUUUUCAUUAAGAGAGUCAGCUCGGAAUGGUCCAAAUUUUUGGUAUGAAUACGAAGUGUGCGGCGGUGAACAAGAAAAAAAAAAGGGAAUGAUUGGAGUUACUGAAUUUUUCCAUGUAAAAUAUAUACCCUCCGUAUAAAUUACGUUAUUUAAUAUCGAUAAGGAUAAAAAAUAAAAGGUGAUUAUUCGAAAUGAAA